UACUUUCCUCUGUGUCAGCGACUACUGUACGACGACCCACGGAAUGUGCACCGUGAACCUCCAAAAAGCUACCCAAAUAAUAUUAACCCAAUAAACCAAAUAAACCCUAAUUUCUGAUCUUUCCCCCAAAUUUCCACGUCAAUUUAUUUUAUUUUAAUUCUAUUUUUCAAAUGUACAAUUGAUCAUUUUUUUUUCCUUUGAUUUUUCUAAAAUUGACCUCCAUUGGCGUUUUUGUUUAUCAAUCCCAGCGGAUCAGGAUUCCAUUUUACUCAUUCCCAGGUUCUAACAAGUGCAAGUGUAGGGUAAACAGACUUUGUUAUUGGUAAUACUGUGUAGAAUGGUUUGAGGAAUUAUUUGGAGGGUUUAUAUAAGUAUGGGCAGCAGUGAUAUGGAUAAAACAGCCAAGGAGAAAGAAUCAAAGACUCAGCCUCCCACUACUACGCAGGAGCAGUCAUCAGCCACCACCACUGGAACUGUUAAUCCUGACUGGACAGGAUUUCAGGCAUAUUCUCCUAUACCUCCACAUGGGUUUGUAGCAUCAAGCCCCCAAGCUCACCCAUAUAUGUGGGGGGUUCAGCCUAUCAUGCCUCCCUAUGGUACCCCUCCGCAUCCAUAUGUUGCCAUGUAUCCUCACAGCGGCAUAUAUGCUCAUCCAUCUAUUCCUCCGGGGUCUUAUCCUUUUAGUCCUUUUGCAAUGCCUUCUCCAAAUGGUAUCGCUGAGGCAUCUGGAUAUACUCCUGGCAACACAGAACCAGAUGGGAAGCCAUCUGAUGUGAAGGAAAAACUGCCUAUUAAAAGGUCCAAAGGGAGCUUGGGCAGUUUAAACAUGAUUACAGGGAAGAAUAAUGAGCUCGGUAAAACAUCAGGAGCAUCUGCCAAUGGAGCUUAUUCCAAAAGUGCUGAGAGUGGAAGCGAAGGCACAAGUGAAGGAAGUGAUGCAAAUUCUCAGAAUGAUUCACAAAUGAAGUCAGGUGGAAGGCAAGAUUCUGAAGCAGAUGCUUCUCAGAAUGGUGGUUCUGCACAUGGUCUUCAGAAUGGAGGACAGGCUAAUACAGUCAUGAACCAGACAAUGUCUAUUGUGCCAAUAUCUGCUACUGGUGCCCCAGGAGCCCUACCUGGUCCAGCAACCAACUUAAAUAUUGGAAUGGACUAUUGGGGAGCAACUUCAUCUGCUAUCCCUGCGAUCCGUGGAAAGGUUCCUUCUACCCCAGUUGCUGGAGGAGUAGUUACUCCUGGAUCACGGGAUGCUGUUCAGUCGCAGCUGUGGCUGCAGGAUGAAAGAGAGCUAAAGAGACAGAGGAGAAAGCAGUCAAACAGAGAAUCUGCUCGCCGUUCUAGGUUGCGUAAACAGGCUGAAUGCGAUGAGCUGGCUCAGCGUGCUGAAGCCUUAAAAGAAGAAAAUGCCAAUCUGAGAUCAGAAGUAAAUCGAAUAAAGAGCGAAUAUGAGCAACUUCUUGCAGAGAAUGCAUCUCUCAAGGAGAGACUUGGGGAAAUUCCUGGGAAUGACGACCUUAGGGCUAGCAGGAAUGACCAACAUUUGAGUAAUGAUACCCAGAAGACUGAACAAACAGAGAUUGUACAAGCUGGUCACUAGGAUUUAGCUACCCCAUGUUAAUGCUGCUUUUGAGGACCUUACUCUAACAAUUAGCAACAGGAGUUUCUUAUUUUGCAUAGCAUGUAGUCUAAUAUAAUAUUUAUCUACGCUUACCUUUACAAUUCUAGGAUCUGUUCAUCUCAAAUCAUCCUAAAUUUCUUUUUGGGUCCACUUGUAACAAUUGAAGAACUAGGAUGGCGUGCAAAGUGAAAUUUGUGUCCUCCCCCCCCCGUUUUAAGAACUAGGGCUGUAUCUACACUCAACUUUGUUAUUCUUAUCUGUAUUUUAUAAAAAGAGAGAGAGAGAGAGAAUGGUUGAUGAU